CCCGGCCGCCCGCUGCUCCCAGGUUUUGCAAGGAGCAGCGAUGAAGAGGAAGCUGGCACUCUCCGAGAUGCAGUUGGUUCUUCUCGUUUUAUUGGUGUGGCUACCAACAAGAUCAGUGCUGGCUGACUCCCUGGAAGACGAAGCUAAGAAUAACAUCACCAUCUUUACAAGAAUUCUAGACAGACUUCUGGAUGGUUAUGAUAAUCGUCUCAGACCUGGAUUAGGAGAUAGUAUUACCGAAGUCUUCACUAACAUCUACGUGACCAGUUUUGGACCUGUUUCAGAUACUGAUAUGGAAUACACAAUAGAUGUUUUCUUCCGUCAGAGGUGGAAGGAUGAGAGAUUAAAGUUUAAGGGCCCAAUGAACAUUCUUCGAUUGAACAACUUAAUGGCCAGCAAAAUCUGGACCCCAGAUACAUUUUUUCACAAUGGGAAGAAGUCAGUGGCUCAUAACAUGACAAUGCCAAACAAGCUUCUACGAAUCCAAGAUGAUGGGACUCUCUUAUACACCAUGAGGCUUACAGUCCAAGCUGAAUGUCCAAUGCACUUGGAGGACUUCCCUAUGGAUGCUCACUCAUGCCCGCUGAAAUUUGGCAGCUAUGCAUACACAACUUCAGAAGUGACAUACAUUUGGACUUACAAUGCUUCAGAUUCAGUGCAGGUGGCACCAGAUGGCUCAAGACUGAAUCAGUAUGAUCUUUUAGGCCAAACAAUUGGAAAAGAGACAGUUAAAUCAAGUACAGGUGAAUACACAGUAAUGACGGCUCAUUUUCAUUUGAAGAGAAAAAUUGGUUAUUUUGUCAUCCAGACUUACCUUCCCUGUAUCAUGACUGUCAUUCUCUCUCAAGUGUCAUUCUGGCUGAACAGAGAAUCUGUGCCUGCCAGGACAGUCUUUGGAGUAACAACUGUGUUGACAAUGACAACACUGAGCAUCAGUGCUCGAAAUUCACUCCCCAAAGUAGCAUAUGCAACAGCUAUGGAUUGGUUUAUUGCUGUUUGUUACGCAUUUGUAUUCUCUGCAUUAAUUGAAUUUGCAACUGUAAAUUAUUUCACAAAACGAGGAUGGGCCUGGGAUGGAAAAAGUGUGGUGAAUGAUAAGAAAAAAGAAAAAGCAUCUGUCAUUAAGAAAAACAAUGCCUAUGCAGUGGCUGUUGCCAACUAUGCUCCAAAUAUUACCAAGGACUCAGUGCUACCAACCAUCUCCAAGAGCGCUACAACUGCAGAACCCAACAAGGCAAAACCAGAAGCGAAGCCACAGGAAGCAAAGAAGACAUUCAACAGUGUUAGCAAGAUUGACAGAAUGUCUAGAAUAGUGUUUCCCGUCUUAUUUGGUACUUUUAAUUUAGUGUAUUGGGCUACAUAUUUAAACAGGGAGCCUGUCUUACUUGGCUUUGCGCCAUCAACCUAAAAGCUGAAUUGCACUGAGGACUUAAAGCAUCAUUCUAAUCAGAUAGGUUGUUCGCUAUGUACAGUACGACUAAUAACUGCUAAUCUGUGAACCAUUAUGUACAGAGUGUAUAUAGAUGUCUUAUCUGUGUAUCUCCAAAGGAGGGACACAGUGUUAAUUCAUGGGUCUGUAAACAGAUAGCACCCAUGGCAAACAUAGCCAGCUCUUUAAAAGUUAUACCCAGGGGAGUUCUGUUAAACUAGGAUUCAAAUAUACAGAAUUAUAUUCUCUCCAUACAAUAAAAUAAAGAUAUGAUCCUACAUAAUUAUUUAGGAACAGUAUUUUUUUAAUUUAAAGUUAAAAUAUUUUUCUAUAAAGUAACUAAUUCUACUUUAAUGAAAGAAACUGUCAUUUAAAAAAGUGAUUUUUUUAAAAAGGUGUAAUUGUUUCAUAAAAUACAGUACCCAUGUACAUAACAGAGUAUGGAGGUCGUACAGUUCUACUGUUCACAUUCUGGAUACUAGGUAGGCUGAAGAGGUAGUAAAGACUACUAUAUGGCAAAACCCCUGAGUUUCUUACUUCUGUCCUGUUUGAAGUUGUUAAUAAACUCUUUUAAUUGAUUUCAGAGAAAAGCAAGUGUUAAUCAAAUUUCCAGUAUCAACCAACUUCCACUAGUGAACUACUGAAGUGAAAUUCUUUUCACUGUUUUAUUUAUUUGAUGUUGCUAAGCCAGAUUCUCUGGAUUUUUUUGCUUUUUUAUUUUGGUCUUAAUUGGAUUAUUAGAUUAGAUUCAUGAAAGCACUCAGAAAUUUUUCAGGGUUAAGUAUAUCAGUAAUGUAAUACACUCUUUUUCCUUUCUUAAUGUUUUCCUAAAACCUGCCAUUAAAAUAUUUACCUGUAUUUGUCCCAGAAAGCAUGGUUUUCAAGGGAAACAAGAACCAUUUAAGUUCAGGAAAUUGUCCAUAUAAUAAAAAUUACUGCUGCUUUUGUAAAUUGCAAGUUUACAUUUCGCUGACAUAACUUUACAACAACUUUGUAUACUAGAAAUGGUUUUGCUAAGAUUUGAAUGUUAUUUUUUUAAUAAAAGGUCAUGCAUCAUCAGUAGGUAUCAACUGUAUUUCAUAUACACAAAUAUAACUAAAUUGGAGCUGCCAUUUGCAAUUUUAUAUGAACAUUUAAUACUGAUCAGGAAAACUGUUUUUCAUCUGAGCCUUUGCAAAGAUUCUUUAUGCCCCUAAAGGCCUGGUAAAUCAUGACAUAAGUAAUAAUUGUGUACUGUAUUUAGAUUUUAGUAUACUUGGCCAGUCAAAAAUAUUUUGAUUCACACAUACAUUAGCAGUUAUUAGUUGACCUUUAAAAAAAGAUACACCUUUAUGAUGAUGUCUUCGAGUAGAGACAUAUGUAGUCGUAUAGUGUCAUUUAUUGCAGUUUUGUACAGUACUUGAGUAUAGUGCAUAAAAUAGAUAUGUUCAGAGUUUAACAAAGUUGUACAAAUAUUUCUAAAAUCAAAUAAAAGAGUAUCUUAAGACAUGGAAAUGUGCUAAAAACAACAAAGAGAAACACUGCUUUCAUUUGCUGUUUUAUUUUCUUGCUUUUUCUUUGCUUUUAAUGUGAUUCUGUUUUGUACUUUAUGUGACAGUAUAGAUGCCAAGGUCACAAAUGCAUAUUAUGAAUAGAAUUAAUAGUUAAGACAGAGUUGACAUCAGUAAAAUAAAGAUGUUUCGUAAGUUAUAAAUGAAAGGGAGAAGCAUGGACAAGGUGUGUAUCCCUUGAAGUCCCUCUAAUUAAGCCGUCAGAUUAAACCUUUCUCAUCAACAGUAGUUAAAAAAUGAGCACUUUACUUAGAACAUUAAAAUAAAAAUAUCCUUAUUUUUCAUAUAUAUUUAUAUAUAAAUUAUAGAUCUUCCAUGUAACAUGGAGAUGUGUGCAAUAGUGUGAUUAUGAGCAUAAGGCUGGAAGGCAAGCAAUAACAAAAAGGUUUUUUCAUGGUAUAAUUAUACAUUUUUAAAAUGUUUCAUUUGUAAAUUAUAAAUUAUCCCUUUAACGUCACAUUGUCCAGGUAUGAAUAAAUAUAUAAAUAUGUGCAUAUGUACAAAUAAUUGUAAAUAUUAGAACUGUAGAAAAAUCCCUUCACUUUUAACUCUGUUUUUGGCAAAGGGCUCUGACUGUAUAGUUUAAUAGAGGCCCAUGCUAAACUGCUCUUGAACUUGAGCAGCUUGAUUAUGUUUUCUGUAGUGGAGGUCUCCUUCCUGUGACCUAGUGGGAGUUCUUACCUUCUGUUCGUAUCAGCAAGACCUAGGGACUCUCCGAACCUCACUGGACUGGGCUAUGAGAAACAGAGGUUUGUGCUUCACCCUUGGCCAUAUCCCAGGUACUCCAGACCCUUCACAAUGUUUAAACAAUGUUGGGUAUUGCUUCAUGCAUGACACUGUGUAGUCAGACCCCUCCCCACUACAAACAUGCGUGUGCUCAAAGGCAUGUUGGAUUAACUGAUAAGGAAGGAUUUUUGCAUCCUUACCCAAGAAUGGGACCCCUCAAAGGUUUUUAACAGUACGAGUCUUCUCCAACAAGACUUCUUCUCUGGAAGAUAACAUGUGUGUAAUUCAGAGCUGCACACAAAAAGGGUGUCUUCAGUUUGCACAUGAAGCCUGAUGCUGUCUCGUGUUAGUCAGCUCUGCUGCUACUGCUUAUAUUGGGUACAAUUAUUUUUUCAUUCACUGACCAUUUUCUCUACACUUGUGUUACGCUUAGUCAGACAAAAAAACAGGAGUUUAUCACAUGCUAAAGAUACAUUUAUAACAUGCUAAUAUAGAAAAAUAGGCAUACUCUAUAAAUUCACUCCGUGAAAAAUAAUACAUUUUAAAUAUCCACAUGCAGUGGAUUAUUUUGGCAUCCAGCUUUCAGCUGGUUCCUGGCAAAUGAAUGUCUGCCAUGUGACAUUUUACCAGAAUGAAUCUGGCAAAUUCAGCUUUUGUCAAUCAGGAAAUCAGGAAUACUGUGGGCGUCAGCAAGGCUUUUGAGUGCGUACACCCCAGAGAAGUUUCACUUUUACAUUUAGUUCAGUUGGUCUGUGUUACAGCAAACUCUUUCUGUGGGAGGAAGGAGUCUGCUUUAUUGUUUCUCUGCUGAAACAUUUAUAGUGAGUAAACUGCCUGCACGUAAGUUGCAAAUUUGUAAGACUAACAACUAGAUAAGUGAAUUUGAAUGUAAAGAUUUAAGUGAACGUGAGCAUUGUGCAAGGAACACCGGAAUACAAGACUUAGGUUUUCUUUCCAUUUAGCAGCAUAGAAUCUGUAUCUGGGAUUUUAAAGCUGGUCUCAUAAAUUUAUGUGCCAAACACCUAGAAGUUUCAUUUAUUUUGAGUAAAACUUGCUGGUCUUAAAGUGGGGAGAGAGAGCAUGAGUGAACAAACACAAGUCAAAGACUUGCACGUGGAAUCUACCAGUGAAAUUUUUGGUUGACAUGCUAAUCUAAUUUAUUUUUUCCUUUCUUCUUGGGUCAGGGUGUGAUGUUUUAUUUGGCUUAAACAAUGAAUACAAUAAAUACAAUGAUAUAACACUGUGGUAAACUUGGAUAAUUAUGAACCAUUGUUUACGAAAUAGGUUUCCUGUGUAGUACUGGGGCACACACUUCUGGAUGCAUGUGGUCAGUAAUUUAACAGUAAUUUAUAAAUCAGCAUGAAGAAUAUAGAGAUCAGCAGGGUUUAUCAGCCAGAAUUGUCUGCUGGAGACUUCUUAACGGAUUGCUUUUAAAAGAGUGGCUUCCAAACUUCUCAAGUACAUUGUAGCCAAUUAAAUUACCUUCACCUUCCAUAUCUGGGUUAAUUCAACUUGUAACUGCUGCAUUGUUGAGCAUCUUUAGAAACAAAUACUACGGUUGAUGUUCUGAGAUAUGAUCUUUAGCUUGGGACACUACUCAUACCACUGAACAUUAUGCUAAACUAAGGCGCUAGUCUGCCUCUACAGUCACAGGAGAGAGCAUGAAAGAGCUUCACUAGACACCAGACAGGAGCCUUAAUGAAUCACCAUCCCUUCCCGGUGAUUACAGAUAAUACAUGGGGGGGUGAGACUUUUCAGAUGUGGGGUGACCAUAAACUGUCUGCAUGAAAGCAAGCAGAAGCACUGGGAGGAGGUAGGGAUGUAUGGGUGAGGAAAGGGGGAAAGAAAAGCAGCAAAUGGGUCUGUUACUCUGUCGGUGGAUUGUGAGAUGACUGAGGAAGAAGCCGUUGAGGGAGGUAAUGUGUAUUUUUGUUUCAGCCUAAGUUCUGAGGUUUCAUUACCAAAUGUGAGUUGUGGGAGAGUAAAUUUCAGAGCAUAUGAAAUUGAAAUACUUGUAUAAUUCUGCUGAACUUGAGGGACAUUAGUUGUGCCUUUGAAACGGAGAGGCUUCUGCCUACUGCUUUGUGAAAACCAUGCAAUGUUCUGUGCUUCCUGCUGUAUGGGGCAUCUAGGGCAGAGGGGUAAAAGAAGCUUCAGGAAAAUUAGAACUUUGUUAAUUCUAAGGUUGUUUUUUUUCUUAGGAGGUGUGACUUUCACUUAAGCACAAAUAGUCAGCAUCCAUCCUCCAUCCCUCUCAUUGCUAUUCUGAAAGCUUAGUGGUGCACAAAUUUUUGCCUUGGCCUUUCACAAAAUAGGUCAAGGCUACGCUCCUGAACAUCUCCAUUCCUAAAAAUUUGCAUGAAAGAUGAUUUCAGUAUGGAUAUGAAGCUAUCAUCAGUCUAUGCCCGAUUAUGUGUAGACACAUAAUGCUAAAAUUUAGACUGCAAUGCAAUGGGUUUUAAAGCAGAGGAAGAAAACAUUUUAAAAUGAGCCCAGAAAGUUAAGUAGCUUCAUUUAAAGAACACAGAGCAUGACAAAUGUACAAAUGUCUGAACACAUCUAAAUAGAAUCUCUGUGUGGUAUAAUUUGAUGUCAUAUAAAGUUUUUGUCUUAAAGACUUUGAAUCAUUACAGUAAUUAAGUGAAUUUAUGUGAAAGUCAGCUCACACUUCAGCCUCCAGUAAAGGGAGUGGUUCUUCAGAAAGCAGAGUUUUAGGAUUCCUUCCACCUCUUUCCAGCAACAGUGUACCUUCUGCUAGAAUGCUGUCAGUUUGCAAUAUAACUUUAAGUUAUACCCCUUUAAUAUUACCAUCUCUUGAUUUUGUUUUUUUAGUCAAGGAGACCUCCACCUCAUUUCUGUAGAUAACCCAAACUCCCUAACAACCAGGAUUUUAAUUCUAUUCUGAAUCUAAUUGUUAAUUCCAGCCACCUGAGAAUUGGUGAGGGACUUCAUCGCUUUAGACCUUUAGUAGUAGAAGCUAAAGGCUUAAAAGUUUGUUUCCAUGAAUGACAGAUGUUAAUCACAUAAAAAGUUUGUUUACCUCUACUUCAAACCAUUUAAUUUUCUAGAUUCAGAUCUCUCCAGGUGAAUCCUUGAGCUCAUAAUUCGGAGUCUGUGAUUACAUCUUACUGGAAGAGGCUAAACUUUGAGGGCUUGACAUCUCUGACUGAGAUCAGGGCAAAACUUGCACUGAAUUUAAAAUAAAACUGAUUAACGUCCUCAGGAUAUUUGUCUGCAUCACUGAAGUCAGUAAGGAUUUUUUUACAGAAGGGGAGUACACCUCAGUGCACACUUGGGCUCUCCUAUGGGUGGAGGUGCUUAGUUCUUUAACCCAUGAAAAUAAGCCCUUAAAGAGGAGUCAACCAUACUGAAAUACAGGACUUGAUGUCUGUUUCAUUCCUGCUAUAUAUUAAUGCCUUUUAAGAAUGUUGUGAAAGUGCUAUGAGUUAGGAGUAAGUGAUAACACUCCCAAAAAGGAAUUUGGAGGAUGUUUUAAAAUAUGCAAGAUGUUGUAUACUCUUCCUCUAGUGUUGGUGUCUACAUAAAUAUAUAUGAAUAUAUUUUUAUUGUUGGAUGAUUUAAAAGUUAUAUUUUGGUUUCAAAUUUUAAUUCCUUACAUAAUGUUGUGAAUACCUCACUCAGUCAGGUGGCCUGGAGCGUGUCUUUAUGCAUUCAACAUUUUUAAUGAUUGCACUGAGUGCUUUCAUUUGUCUGAUAUUCGAAGAGGUGAGCUUCAACAGGUUGACGUGUUACAUUUGUUUUCCAGUACUUCAUCCAUCUAUCUAUGCUGUUGAGGAUGGAUGGAAAUAGAGAAUGGAACAAGAUAUUGCUUUGAUCAACUGCUUUUGAUAUUCUUUAUUAGAUGUUCAUUUUGGCUGACUUUAUCAGUUUAUAGGCUACUGUAGCUUAGCAUUAGCACGGAAUGCAAUGUAGUACUUUACAUCUAUUAGAAUACAUAUGUACAAUAUGCACCGUAUCUAUAAACUGUUAAAAAAUCAGUUCCUAAACAGCACCCCUUCACCCUCUGCCCUCCAUAUAGUCACUUUAUUAGGAAACAUUUGAAGGCACUUUAAUGGAGGUGAUUACACUAAAUCUUGUUAUACUUGAUUUUAAAAAAAUAGUAAAAAUAA